AUGGCCGUUGAGCUGCGCUCUGGUUUGAAAUAUGGGACCGUUCUGUCUUUCGCCGCGGUUCUGCUGGCGUUCUGGCUCCGCACUCCUCGGUCCGUGCUGGAUGAACGGCUGGACGCCGUGCUGUCCUCUCUUCUCCGGGCUGAGAGGAAAGUGGGUAUCAACAACGUCGCCCGCCCGAGAGUGGCCAUAGGCUUUGGCGGCUGUGUGGACAUUAUUGUGGAUGGUGUGACAUUACUGAACAAAAUUGGACUGCAGCCGACUGAUCAGCCACUCCAUCACGACUACAUUGAGAACGCAGAGCAGCUGGCCCAGAGUUUCGCCUACUUCUUUGCACCUGGAGCCGCCUCGGAGAGGUUUGUGAUGAACGACACACUCUUCAGUCAGCUGGUGGAGGCCUCUCGAGAGUUGCCUGGAAACCGCUGGUCGGUUGGGGGUAAUGCUCCAGUAAUGGCAGGCAGGAUGGCCAGUGAAGGCUGUGAUGUGCUUUUGGGGGGCAGCUUCAGCCCAGACUUCAACGAUGUUCUCUCACAGCACAUCACAGUGGCAGGGAACACAGUGGAGGAGCCAGAUAUCCACUUGAUCUUGGAGUAUCCCUCUGGGGCUACCUGGGGGCAGUACACAUCCCGAAGGGCCAACAGGUACAUUGUCCACAGUGAUGACCACAACCCCUACUUGGACUCUAUGGAGGAGUUUGAGAUGAGGCUGCAGAGCUUUAAGCCUGACCUGCUGGUGGUGGGAGGCCUUCAGAUGAUGGACAACUUCCCUUUCAAGCAAGGAGAACGUGAGGCUCUGUUGAGUCGCCUGGCAUGGAUCCUUUCCUCAGCCUCCCCUCAGACCAGUGUCCACUUUGAAAUGGCCAGCUUCGUGGACGAGGGCCUGAUGUCAGACCUUCUGGAGUUUGUGCUGCCGCACGCUGACUCUUUGGGCAUGAAUGAGCAGGAGCUGCCCAACCUCCUCAGCCUGUUCCGCGGCAGUAACUUGACUGUACUGUCUGACCCCAACCCUCGUGUAGCCACCGUGCUGGACCAGAUGCGCGAGCUCUACCGCUUGGUCAACCAGCGGCACAAAGAAGCCGCAACCGGCCGUCCCCUGACCAGACUGCAUGUCCACACACUUGCCUUCCAAGCCAUGAUUGUCACUCACGGCUCCCAGUGGAAGAACACGAUGUCGGCCGUGGCCAAAGCCUCGCUCACAGCCAACCGCCACGUGUGCGGUUCCGCGGACAUUGACACCAGCAAAGCGAGGUUGAUCAUGGACGAGUCUUUCUCUGUCAGCAGACGGGAGGGAAGCCAGAGGAUUCCAUUGCAGGAGUCUCGGCCCGUCUCCUGCUGGACUGAAGACGACUAUGAAAUCUGUGUAGCUCCGGUGCUCGUGUGCACUGAAGUCUAUCAGACUGCAGGAGGAGGAGACAACAUCUCUGCUGCUGGCCUCGUGCUGCAGAUUUAAUCGAAGAAGAAAGCUGUCUUAUAAAACAAUGCUGAAACUGAACUGAACUGGAGAGAACUAGUCUUGCUGUCUGAACAUCCCAUAUCAUAUGAAGACUUUUUUUUGUUUUAGCUACAGUCUUACAAAUCAACAUUCACCCCAACAUUGGGUCCAGAAAUAAUAGCUUUUCUUUGUGUUUUUUGUUCUGUGAUUCAUAUACAGUUGUAUGCAAAAGUUUGUGCGCCCCAGCCAGAAAGUUUUGUUGAUUUUCUAAGUGAAAAAUAAGUAAACAUGUCCAGAGAACACAUUUCUGCAACUUUUAAUGCACAAUUAAUGUUUUAUGCUCUGUUUAACAUAUUGGAAAAAGCUAUAACAUAAAAUGUGGCCUCUGCAAAAGUUAUGGCACAUUCUUUUGUUAAACUUCUUUUGAAUUUUUGUUUAAUUCAACAAUUAAUGUAGAAAUUGUGCUCUAAAAAUUGCAGUAUUUAACAAACUUAAGUUUGUUACCUGUAGAGGAUGUGUUAUUUUAACUUGUUUAAAAAACACAUAAUUUGACUUUUUUUUUUUUUUAAUAUGCUUUGCAUGCAACUGUACUUUCAUAUGUGUUUUAACCCUGUUUUCAUAUCAUUUGCACACUUCAGGGGCCAGUCAUCUCUUAUUAACCGCUCACCAAAAUGCUUGAAACCAUACCCAAAUCUAGUCUGAUUGACUAUCAGAAUGACUGAAAUGUUUCGAUGUCUAGCAGAAUAUCCUUAUUCUGAUGUUCUUCUCUUUUAUUCUUUCCUUUUUUUUAAGCUUUCCUACUAAUCCAUGAUAGGAAACAGCAUGU